AUGACUCGCCCGAUAUCUCCUGAAAUAUACGAUGCAUUCAAAAAGUGCGACGCGCAAUGGAUGCAGAGGCGGCGAAAACUGGACACAUCUUCAGUGUUCUACACGAUCACAAAGUGCUGUACUCGAGAGAGAGGAGUUUCUCAUGUUUUGAAAAUGGAAGCCGAAGAAUAUUCGUCGCAGGCGGUACACUUGGCCAGAAAGAAGCUUCCGAUCGGGGCUUUCAAAGAGGUGAACCGUUUUUUGCAUCGAGGGCCACAUGAACCACGCAUAUUUGCCAUUGAUGGUUCGAAGGUGCAUGUACACCCGUCUUUCAUCAAGGCUGGUUACAAAACACGAACAAACGACAAGCCAGUGCCGCGUCCUGCUAAAAGACCUCUGGUCAUGCUUUCGUCGAUGGUCGAUGUGAGAACGAAAUCAUGUAUAGACUUUGAGCUUACGAAACACUUCGACGAACGAAGGGCAGCUGUUUCGAUGCUCCGUAGUGUGCGGAAAAGUGACACGCUGUUGUUUGACAGGGGAUAUUACUCCAAAGACCUACUCCGCAGUGUCCAUGACUCCGGUGCAUUUGGCGUCUGGCGACUCAGGAUAAUGCCGUGUCUCAUUCUUGGUGUUAGGGUGCGCCUCUUGAAAUAUUUCAUCAAAGGUAAGACGUAUGUCUGCCUGACGAACGAUCCGUCCUUAUCUCGACGAGACAUCAAGACUAUGUACGCAUGGAGAUGGAGAGUGGAGGAAUCCUUCAAGCGAUUGAAAUCAAAUCUCAAGCUCGAGAAAGCUCACGCAAAAACACCCGCUCUUUAUAUCCAGGAGGUGGAAGCCAGGGUGUUGUUAGACACGAUCACUCUGAGAAUGCAAAGCAGUACGAAGGAGUCGUCAUAUCUGUAUACCCUUGAUACACACGUCACACACAUUCUCCGUAACGUUAAAAGAGUCUCCGGUCACACGAGCUACAGGGGCGACCUCGUGUACAAGAAGUAUGCUACCAAGCUAUACGAUCUAGCGAAGAAAAUCAUCACGGAGUUCGACGGCACACCCGAGUACGCAGAAGACCUCCGACAAAAGGCACAAUCAAUAGACCCUGGCACGGACAUCGACACCAUCCUCGACUUCGCUCGGAACAAGAGGUACGAAUUCGUGAAGAACGAGCUCGGAGAAGAGUUCACCUACGCUCCCCCCAAAGACACCGCCGUUCUACCCAUUUGCUCAACGGGUUCGGUGUUCAUCUACAUCGACAUGAAGACGCUUAAGUCAUGGGGGCUUCUGCACUCCAACGAUGCUUGGUGGUACAAGGACGUCCUCCGACCGUUCUCCAAAGAGGCCAAUAUCAAGUGUCUCGCGAACAAAGAGAACUCCAGGUACGCGUCAAGCGAGCAUGGAUACCUCUCGAGUUUGCUAGGAAGUGGUCCGGACAAGUGCCCCUGGAUGAUUGGUGAGAGUUUUUUGACGGACGGUGUGCAGAUCAAGCUUCUGCUUGUGACACUGGAACAUGGAAGAAAAGCUUUCCCCGGGUCCACCCAGCUGAACGAGGCGGGGUACAACAAACUUCCCCGGGCUGACGUGCAACUAGAAAGUCUGCUGAGAGAGGGAAGAGGAGUGUACAAUAUAUCCAGCCUCUUGGAUUCUCCAAGCAUCAGGGAAGACGUUGUCGUGAUGUCCGCGGACCCGGGACAGGCGAAGGUGAUCAACGUUUCUUCGGCCACGGCCAGAACUUGGGCGAGGCAGGACCCUGGUGUUAUUCUUAACAGUUCGACGUGUGUGUUCGGGGAUGACUAUCGUCGCGAUACUCUUGCCUCACGUUCAGACAAGUACGAGACUUUCAGGCGCAAGGACCAGCCUUACGGAGUGGCUAUCGAUCGUCUACGCAACGAGAAGAAAAGAACUUCCUGCCUCGCGACGUUCAUCCGGUACUGUAAAAGUUGGUGUGCAAACGGUGCGGCACUGUUGCUUGAGACGCUUCAGGAAGCAAGGAAGUUCUUGCGUUUUGAUCGAUUCAGAGCUACGCAGAAGACACUCGCCAAGAUAGCGGACAAGUACAUGGGACAUGUAGGAGACCCCUGCAGGGUCAUGUUGUUCGGUAAAGCGUCUUUUCGUGCGCAGAAAGGGAGGGCAUCCGCCCCAAGGAAAGCUUUGAUCAGAGAGAUGGCCAGCAGGGGAGUAGUGUUGAUGGUGGAAGAGUACAACACUUCCAAGAAGUGCCCGGGGUGUGGGGAGGACACGGUCGAGGACAAAGAACGGAGAAUCCGGAGUUGCAAAAACUUUAAGAUCGGAUCACCGGAAGAGUCCUGUAGACUUCACCCCCUGACACCAGAGUUUGAAAUGGAUCGCGACGACGUAGGGUCGACUAACAUCGGUAUGCGUGGUUUCGGCAAAUUGCUGGGUCAGGAGUGGUUUUAA